AUGGGAGACAACGCCGACCAGUGUGAGAACAGAAACAAAGAACUAAACGACAUUCUCGACCAGAUAGCCGAAUUGGAUAAAUGGAGAGAGAUAUUCAACGCUCGCGGGUUGGAAUUGCAAGACUGUAUUAAUAAAAGACCUCCGGAGAGAGUUAAACCUGAAGAAGAAGGUGAAGACACUUCCAGAUGUUCUUCCACUGCUCAGCCUAACCAUGGACAGGCCAACGGACUGGUUGUGCCUUACUCCAUCCCACGAGCUCUGACUGUCGCAAAGAGUUUGGGUGGGAUCCAUGUCUUGCCUGAGCAAGCCGUGAGUCUGAGGAAGAUUUUGUUCGGCAACUCCUUUCACUUGUUCAACUAUGAGUGGAAGAAAUCCUUCUUCAAAUUUCGGGAGCCCUACUCCGACCUGUCUUAUGCCCUGGAGGCAGAGAGGGGAGGAUGUCGUGCCAUUCAAAUGGUGGUCCAGGCCCACAUCAUUAAAUACCUGCUCUUCACGCGGCAGGUCAACUCUGAGUGCCGAAUGCAAAGCCUGGCGGAGGUAGGAGUCAAAGAGCAGGAGAGGGCAUUGGCAGCUGCUCUUACAGACAUUCUGUGGACAGUUGGUGAGGAGAGGGCUGCGACCGUCUCCUUGGUAACAUCGGAGCGGUGCUUUACUCCCCAGCUGGACUACAAACUGGACAGUUUUACAGAGAGGUUACAGCUUUUCAACUUCAGGAAGAAAGAGGAUAUGAGACAAUUUAUACAUGAGCAUAUCCAGUGUUUUAAAGAAGAAGGGAGCCAUGGGGUUAUUCUGUUUCUCUACAGUCUUAUCUUCUCCAGGACUCUUGACAGGUUGCGAGAGGAUUUGGACAUCACCACCACUCACCUUUUACACCUGAGCCUGGGCAACUUUGGCUGUCGUCAAGCACUGUUGAACCUGUUGCUAACGGGUCGGGCUAGUCCUAAUGUGUUCAAUGGAACACUGCUGUACGAUGACCAAGGUAACCUGCUUGCCAAUCCUCUCCAUGGGGUUCAAGCCCGCAGCGAUGUGGGAUACCUGCACUGGAGCCGGGAGCUGGUGGAGCAUGCCAACCUGCCAGCGGUGGGCAGCAUGCUGAAGACACCAAAGGUGCCAAUCUGGGUCUGCAACAUAAACGGCACUUACAGUGUCCUGUUCAGCCCCAACUGCUCGCUGUUGUCUGAUUGGAAGAUGGAGCACCUGUUCCAGCUGUACUUCUACAACGGCCAACCCACUCAGAAAAGUACAACCAUGCUCACCAUAGACACACAUUCUCACCACUGGGAGGAAGGUAACAGAGACAUCCAGGGAGACCCAGAGAAGAGGUUCCCCUCUGUAGAAAUGACAAUAAGGACCAAAUGGGAAGGAGCUGCAAUCAGCUGGAAUGGGACAGUGCCUUUUUUCUGA